UCAGUUCAUUAACAGAUGCUACACGUCGAAGUGUGUUUGAAUUUGGUGCAAGGUAGAAUGGUUCUAGUCCUGAGCGGCGUGCUACAGGAGGAGGCACCGCCCGACACGCGGACCUUAUUUCACAAUCACCCAGUGUAUAAGGACUCGGCAUCACAGCUGCUUGCUAUCCCAACGAAGGUGGUAGGACCUGUUGGCCUCCUCUAUGUUCAGCAAAGGGAACUGGCAGUUACUAUACCCCAUGACAAAAAUGUAAAUAUUCUUGGGUCAGAUGAUGCUACAACAUGCAUCAUUGUUGUUCUCCGUCAUUCAGGAUCAGGAGCUGUGGCAGUAGCGCAUUUGGAUGGUGCUGGAACAGAUGAGGGUGUUAUGAACGUGAUUCAUAGAGUCCAGGAAUUAGCCCUGGGUUAUCCUGAGGGACAUCUAGAAUUGCAGCUCAUUCGCUCAUUGGUGGUUUUUUCAGAUAGCCAUAAUUAUUCAGAAGGGUUGUUCCACAGUAUCAUGCAUUCUUUCCAUAAGCAGUUAGUAGAGAUUGAUUUGACGCUUGCCUGUGUGGGAGAACUGAACACUACAAUUCGUGGUGGUAUUCAUUGGCCAAUACUUUACGGAGUCGGUGUGAAUGUUAAAACCGGAGAAUUGUUCCCAGCAACAUUUCCAGACAAGGGCCCUGAUCAGGCUCUUCGUGGUGCGCGACACCUUACUGGUGGACAGCAGAUUUUGGAUGUGUAUGAUUGUCAGCUGGGAUUGUUACGAAUUGGACCAUUUAAUUAUGAUCCUCUGCGAGGUGUUGACCUCUGGUUAGAGCAGACAGAUGAUUUCAUUUUGCAGCAUUUGUCCACAGCACCAGAAGUAGAGCCACCUCAUUUUGUCAUGCAGGUGCGGGCAACAUUGAAGUACAUCCAAGACCAUCCAUUCCCAGCUGUGACAGUGUUCCGAGAUAAUCGGCCACACUACUACCGGAGGGAUGAAAACAGCGGAACGUGGGUUCCAAUACGAUAUUGAAACACUAGCGUAAGAAACUGGACACUCUUGGCCAAGGUUAUUACUUUUGGGAAAAUAGAAUGUACAGUGUAUGUCCAUUACCCAGAAAUAAUUUUCAUAGCAAAUAAACUUAUGAGCACAUAGAUAUUGAUUGAUAUAAAACUGUUUUUUGAUACGGUAUUUAAGCUGUUAACACAAUUAAAAUGUGUUUAACGUGAUGAUAUAUUUGCAGUCGUGUGAAAUAUAAAACAUGUUGAGUUACAAUGUAUUUCACAUUUAUAUUUUGCAAAUUGAAUUAAAUGCCAUUUUUACAGAAUAUGGUGUUGUAUAUGAUUAAGAAUGAAGCCAAAAUUAUAUGCAUAGUGUAGGAUAUAGGGAUAUAAUGCAUAGUGAAAGUAUAAUUUUAUCAAUUUUUGUACUUAGCAUUCUGAUUCUAAGACAAAAAUAUCAAGCCUGUAUCAGUGCCAUUAUUAAAUAUGUUGUAUGCUCUUGUAGCCUGUCAUGAAAGUAUCUUAUGUUAGAUAAAACACACACUUGUUCCACUGCAAAAGAAAAGAGAAGUGAAAAUGUGAGGACCUCAUAACAUGGGAUACCAACAUUUUUUACCCUCUAAGUUCUAUACUGUAUUGAAAAAUAUUGGAACUGCAAGUUCUCAUGUAGUGAAUAUGGCUGUAGCAGCCCCAACCAUUUUCUUGAGUAUAUUGUGCAACCAGGGGGCAUUCAUUGGUUUUUGCUGCUGUCAGUACUUUUCAAGGUACGUGAUUUUGUUCCUGCUGCACUAAUUGAAUGAGCUUGGAACUAACGAUAUUUAUGCCUGAGAGUGAGGUCCUUAAUUGACUCCUGAAAGUAACUGCAUGAUCUUCAAAAUUCUUAUAAGCUCUAAAGUGGUGUGGGAAAAUGAGAUAUCAUUCUAUUUCACUGCCCCAUAUGAACACCUGAUGAAUUUAAAUGAUAUAUUUAAUAAAAUUUGAUUGCAGAAUGCCAGGGGAAAGAGGAAAGUAGGCCUGGUUUGGGCAAGAGAAAGCAGUGGAGCCAGAAGAAUGUGUGUGCAGCUGUUGUCAUUAAAAGCUGUGUUCUUUUAUUCCAGCAAUAUUAGUUUUGUUUCGCAGUACAUCGCUUUUUGAUGAGUUCCUUCUCACAAAACUUAGAAUGUGUUUAAGUACAUGUUUCUUUCAUUAAUUUACCUUUUCUCAUGAUUAACACUAUCUUCUAAUACAAUUUGUGAAGUAGCACGGAUUUCCCUCAUCUUUCUUCAAGGGGUUUGUACAUACAUUUUUAAUUUCAUUAAAUAUUGUGGGAAAGGUAUUAUCAGUGCAGAAUAUUCUACUCUAAAGCCUUGUAGCCAGAUACAUUUUUCAUUAGUUCAUUUGGUUAUCUUUCUUAUUUACGAAGUUGAAUCAGAGCUAGAUGCCAAAAACAAUAUCGUAUAUCAUAUAUGAACCUUGUCCUCUGUUACAGAAAGAGUUAUUCAUAGUUUCAGUUAAAAAGCUUUAACAUGUUUGUCCUUAUGCCCCAUUUUAUUUUUAUUUGAAUGUUAUAGUAGAAAAGUGGUAUAACAUAAAAACACGAAUAGCUACUUUUUAAAUAAACAGUAUAGUAAAUCAUUCCGCAUUUUAUUAAUUACUGACAAGAAAUACACACAGAAAUUGUGUCAUGUUUUAUUAAAACAGCGGAACUUUAUGCAACUUCACAUUGGUAACAGUGGCCAUGAUAUAUGCAACAUCAGUCAAAAUGCAAGUGUUCAUGAGUUUAUAGUGCACGUUAACACUGUUGUUGUUUCUCAACAUGACGUUGGCAGGAGGGAGUGUGAUUAUGAAUUAUGACACUCCGUCUUGCCUGACUGUCUGUGACUUACUGACCAUGGAGUGAAAUGUUCACUGUUAUAGGGUCAGACACAUACAGAAAUGUAUCAUUUUAAAAUAGUUAACACUGGACAAGUGUUUUGAAAAGGAUUAUAUGUAAUAUAAUAAGAUACGCAAGUUUGUUGUACUCUGUUUUCACAUCUAAAAUGUCUUAUGUCCAGAGGCUUUAUGUGAUUGCUUAUUAUGCUCAUAAAUUUUACAUAUUUGUCUCGUUAAGGAUGGAUUUGUGUAGCAGUCAAGACGUAUGUACUUGUCUCUGUAUUCUGGAAGAUUACUUUAUUUGAAACUUAAUAUUAAGCAUAUCAUAUUUGUCAUUUCUGCAUAAGUUAGGUGAAAUAUGGAUGGCAUUCUGCCUAUGAAAAAAGACUGAGCUUUUGUAUAUCGUGAAGUAUUCUUUAAAGAUGCCGAUGUAACGUCUUCCGACAGAGUACAGAUUCCAUCGCAUACGAAGACAAUAGUAUGUGACAUUUUGAUAUUCAUCCGUAAUUUUUAUUUUAUUGCGAUUCAGAGCAAAAUAGCACUACUGAAAUUAACACUGUGAUAUUGUGACUGUGUACGAAACAUCUUAUAAUUAAGAAUUUUAAAUAUUGCGUAUUAAUUCGUUAGUUGUUAUCCUCUGAGGUAUCAGUACAUUUCAUUUCUAGAAAGACUGAGAAACAGUUAGUUCUAAAUUAUUUUUAAUUUCCAAUUGAAGCUGCAUACUGUAUCUCCAGACUGUAAUGAAUUUUAACUAAGUUGCGCUGUAAAUACAGUAGUGUAAAAAAUACAUCGUGGAACAUUUAGAGAAAACAUUUUUAUCCCUACAUUUUUACAUCAUUUGAUGUGAUUGUCUAAGCAGAAUUUCUCUGUGAGAUUGUACAGUUCAGUGUUAAUUUCGAAGCUCUGUCUUGUUGUUACCAUUAUCUGUUAUCUGUAUUUCAGAUUUUUAUAUUUUCUAAUUCUGGAAUUAUGCCCCAAGGGCACAUCUACUUUAGAUGUAGAUUUCUUUAUCCUCGCUGUGCAGACCAGGAACGUAAAAAGAUAUAUAAUAUUGAGAGAUAUUAUGGUCUUAUAUCCUACAAAUUUGCCUGACAACUGUGUGUAUGGCCAAGCAGUUUAUAGUACCUGGAAAAGGUCAGUAAGUUUCGACCAUCUCAUAAGAUGUUUUGUUAUUCUACCUGUGAGUCAGACUUGUUAGAACUCAUUUUUUUAAUUUACUAUAUCAUAAGAUUCCUUUCAUAGCCAAACGUAAGACUUUGGAAGUGGAUGAAUUUAAAGUAUUGAUAUUUUAAAAUUUAAGAAGUCCAUUCUGUUGUAUCAGUCGCUAAAAAUUAAUUUUUAGUAACCAUCAGAAACAACACGCGUGUUAUAUUUUAUUGUUAAUGAAAUUCGUCUCUGAGGAAUCUCCGUAGUGGAGGUAUUUUUGUGACGAUAUCAGUCGAUUGUACCGAACUAUGAGACUUUCAUGCACCAAAAUGCAGUUUUUGUAACAAAACAUGAUUGCUGUACAUGUUGCAGCUGUGACUUUGAACUGUAGAAUAGAAAAGCAAACUAAAUGGAUGUCUCUUCCGUCAUAAUUACCUGAUACGUGAAAAUAAAAAUUGGCCACUUUUCACAUCAUCCUGGAAGAAGAAAUUUAUAUACACAAACAAGUUUGAAAUAGAGGUUUGUCAAUACAUAAUCAGACUGAAUUUUUACGUUUUUAAUUUGGUCUGUAAGAGUGAAAGAAAGAAGAGUUCUUUACCUUCAUCUUACCCUUCUUGCUUUAUUGUAGCAUAAGACAGUGGUAUUCAACCUUUUUUGUUCGCAUACCCCCAGAUAUAAUUUCUCUUCAAAUUUGUACCCUCAAAGUUGUUGGUGUAUAAUUCCAGUUAUACAUAGUACAUAAUCUACAUCUAAAAUAAAUUAAAUAAAUAACAUUACAGAUUAUUCAGUGUUUAUCAUAAAAUAAUAUAUAUUUUUUUUAAAUUUCACGUACCCCGUAAGAUGUCCUUGCGUACCCCCGGUAGAAUACCACUGGCAUAAGAGGUCUGUGUUUUCAGGUAUUUCAGUCAGAAAGUUGUUUCGUCCGUGGAAAAGUGUGUUUCAAGUCGCAUGCAAGAUACAAGUAAACUGUAGUCUAAUAAAGAUUGAGAAGUGACGUGACGGGCGAAGAUACUGCCACGAGAGAGUAUUAUUCGUGGUUCCAUGCGAAUGAAAUUGCGUUCUUUCCACCGUGGCAGUACUACAGCCUAUCCAGCAGUUUCUAUAAUGACAAUUAUACAAGUUAAUUAGUUCAGUGGUCCACAAGAUAUUUUAUAUUUGUUUCUUAAAUUCUCUAAGGUGACUUUAUUGUAGCUCAUAUUGGAGCUCCAAGCUAUAAAUACUUAAAUCACAAUAUUUUAGAUACAUGAGUGUCAUAUAUAUUAUAUUGAAAUUAUAAGUCGUGUUGUUUGUGAGCAAGAGGAAAGAUGUUUAUUGCAUGCUCAUAUAUGAGAAUUGAAAGUGUAAAUGAGUAUGUCAAAGCUAUUUUAUAUUAGUUAUGUUUUUUUUUAUCUUGGGUAUUGAAAUAUUUUAAGGUGAUAAGUGAAGCAGGGUUGACUCGAAAGAAUUUGCCCUUCCCAUCAAGACGACCAUUACAAAGUGUUUGCAGUUUUCAUAGAUUGCAUCGCGUAAUAGUUUGAGAUGGUUGUCGAAGAAAUUUGAAGCAGUUAAAAACUGGGAUUGGUGCAGUCUGUGAAGAGGCCUAUAAAUACUUUAUUUAAAUUUAUUAUGUUUUGUCAUUUAUUAAAAACAGUGGAUAUUUUAAUAA